UGCGCCGUACACUAUUUGACACGGUUCUGACAAGCCUGCCGGAAGUCGGGAGGCUGACCAUGGCGACCGUGGCGGAGCAGUGGGUGCUGGUGGAGAUGGUGCAGGCGCUGUACGAGGCUCCAGCAUAUCAUCUUAUUCUGGAAGGAAUUCUAAUACUUUGGAUAAUCAGACUUGUUUUCUCUAAAACUUACAAGUUGCAGGAGCGUUCUGAUCUUACAGCCAAGGAAAAGGAAGAGCUGAUUGAAGAGUGGCAACCAGAACCUCUUGUCCCUCCUGUCUCAAAAGACCAUCCUGCGCUCAACUACAACAUCGUUUCUGGCCCUCCAACCCACAACAUCGUGGUGAAUGGGAAAGAAUGUAUAAACUUUGCCGCCUUCAACUUUCUUGGGUUGCUGGUCAACCCUCGGGUGAAGGCUGCAGCUUUGGCAUCUUUAAAGAAAUAUGGUGUGGGCACCUGUGGCCCAAGAGGAUUUUAUGGCACAUUUGAUGUCCAUCUGGAUUUGGAAGAGCGUCUGGCAAAAUUUAUGAAGACGGAAGAAGCCAUCAUUUACUCGUAUGGAUUUUCCACCAUAGCCAGCGCGAUUCCUGCCUAUGCGAAAAGAGGAGACAUUGUCUUCGUGGACAGUGCAGCCUGCUUUGCUAUCCAGAAAGGACUGCAGGCGUCACGCAGUGACAUUAAGUUGUUUAAGCACAAUGACACAGCUGACUUGGAGCGACUGCUGAGAGAACAAGAAAUUGAAGACCAAAAGAAUCCUCGAAAGGCUCGUGUGACUCGGCGGUUCAUCGUUGUGGAAGGCCUGUACAUGAACACCGGAACCAUCUGCCCUCUUCCAGAACUGGUUAAGCUAAAAUACAAAUAUAAAGCAAGAAUCUUUUUGGAGGAAAGCCUUUCAUUUGGAGUCCUUGGUGAACACGGGCGAGGAGUCACUGAGCACUAUGGGAUCAGUAUCGAUGACAUCGACCUUAUCAGUGCUAACAUGGAGAACGCGCUCGCAUCUGUGGGGGGCUUCUGCUGCGGCCGCUCAUUCGUGGUUGACCAUCAGCGGCUCUCUGGCCAAGGGUACUGCUUUUCAGCCUCAUUGCCUCCCCUGCUGGCUGCGGCCGCCAUGGAAGCCCUCAAUAUCAUGGAGGAAAACCCAGGCAUUUUUGCAGUUUUGAAGGAAAAAUGCCAGCACAUCCAUACAUCUCUACAAGGCAUUUCUGGUUUAAAAGUAGUGGGGGAGUCCCUUUCCCCAGCGCUUCACCUCCAGCUGGAAGAGAGCACAGGGUCCCGGGAGAAGGAUAUGAAGCUGCUCCAGGAAGUCGUAGAUCACGCUCUUGCCCUCUCCGUGCAGAAAUCCAGUGUGCUGCAGCACUGGGGAUACAUGCCUGGGGCCAUGCAGCCUCGCAUGGAACCUGGCACCAGCCUUCCGUGCCUUCGAGGAGUAAACGCCACUCCACUUCUGCCCUGAGACGAUACCACCUUACAAUAAAUAAAAGCCUGGCUCCUGCCCCCCUCUUCCCUGUGGCAUGCCUGGAGGGCACUGGUUGGUCACAUGAGAUUCAGUGUGAAGCUGGUAUGUGAAGACCUUGUGGUUUGUCGGCUGGGCCAUUCUUCACCCUACCAUGUUUGAAUUGUGUGAUCUGGAGUGAGAGUCUGUGGAGGACUGACUGCACACAGUACAGAGCCUCGUGGGAUCUACUGUAUUAAAACAAACAAACAAACAAACCCAAAAAACAACCUCAGUGUCUUACCCCAGAUAUGUACAGACACGAAAGUAAGCUGUGGUUAGAGUGUUUGGACAAAGGUAAAAAACAGACACGCUCAGAACCAACUAAAUGGACAAAGCGGCAGAGCUCAGGGUGACUGCAUCGUGUCUGCAUGGCUGCUGAGUCUGCUGCUGGCUGCUCUCUUUGGUAGGUCCACACCAGUGAGCAGGGUGUAGAAGCUCUACAAAAGCUGUGUGUCUGUGUUGGGGCCCAUGAAAGGAGGCUGUUUGCUGUCUCUGCUGAUGGUACAAUGCCCUGUGGUUGCAGUGAUCUUCAUGCCAGUAUAUCUGCUCUCUUUCACCCCACUCUGUUCUUUUGCCUUAGCACUGUGAAAUGCUGUUCAGAGACCCAAGACUCACGUGCAGGCAGUAGACAGGAACAGACAUGCAUACACAACAUUCUCAGAGCAAAACCUGAAGAGAGAUGGCUCAGUGUCUUAGUUACUUUUCUGUUGCUGGGAUAAACCAUGACCAAGACAGCGUUGUUUAAUUUCAGCUUACCAUUUCAGAGAGUUAGAGUCCAUGAUGGUGGAGGAAAGGCAACAGUUGUGAAGUCACAUCUUGAUCCACAAGUAGGAGGCAGAGAGCACACUGACAAUAGCAGGAGGCUUUUGAAGCCUCAAAGCCUGACCUGGUGACAUACCUUGCCCAGGAAGAUCACACCUUCUGAUCCUUCCUGAACAGUUCCACCAGCUGGGGGCUAAGUACUCAAAUAGAUGAGCCUGUGGGGGCUCUUCUCAUUCAAGCUACUACUUUUUACUAAGUCGAUAAAGCACGUGGGAAACUCAGAUCAUGUGGAUCUCAAGAACACACUUCUUUUCUUUUUUUAAGCCAGUCAUAACAGCACAUACUUCUGAUCUCAACAUUGGACAAAUUGGCCUACAUGGUAAACAUCAGGCCAGUGAGAGAGCCUGUCUCAAAAAGAUGGACGGAGCCUGAGGAGCAACAGCCAGGUUGUCCUCUGGUGCACACAUGCACACAAAUGUGCACACACAGGAGCCAAAUAAUAAAGACAUAAGCCUGCGAAUACAUCACAUUCCCAAGCUCAUAUCCAGUCUGCACUCUCUUGUGUAGCUGGCCGUCUUGGUUAAUCAUCCUGAGAAAUCCAACAUGGAGACCAAGUGCCUUACAGCUUCUUCACAGCACCCUGCCCCACACUCCUGUUCUCUGUAGUUAGAGAAAGGGCAUCGGGGUAUGAUAACUCUUCUUCUCUAUGCAGACCUGAGAACUUCUGCCAUGUUUAUGUUGCGUUGCCUCCCAGGGCCCUGUCUUCACAAACAGCUCUGGUUUGUGAUGUCUCUGAGCCAGCCAGGCUGGACACAGCCAGGCCAGAUGUUGUGGGCCAGUACACUUCCAGGUUCCCUUCCUGGAUCUGGAGUGAGUUUUGCACCUGUGCUGCUGCCUUCAUCAGAGCCUGUAGCCACUCCUUUUGGGGCUGCUGCUUCUCCUGCUGGGUGUUGAGAUAGUCAUUCUCUGCCUUUGUGCACUCGGCUGUGCACUGUGCAUCGUGUAUACACUUACAGGCGCAUGCACACCUGCAGUAAAUACAGUCGUGCAACUCUUGGAAGGUAGCAGUUCAGCAACCUUUCCCGUAUUCACGGGGUUCUGCAGCUAUUACUGUCCAGUCCCAAAACUUGCUACAUGCAAAGGGAAAUCUGUGUAAACUGUUGCCCUGCUCAAGGUUCUGGGCAUUCCAUAUUCCAGCGGAGAGCUUUUCAGCUGACAGUCGGCAGGUGCUUAAUGCAUAGAAGUGCUCAGGACAGUCUUUGUCAGUACCAGACUCUGGUGCCCACAUGGAACCACGGAAGGUCUCACUGACACUGUGCUCACACAACUGCUGUCUUGAAACAGUCCUGCUAACACUGUCAGCACACAGGGCUUUGCUCCCGGCCUCCUGUGUCCUCACUCUGCUUUGCCUGAUGUAGUAGGCUCGAGCUGCCUAUAGCUGUGGAACUGAAAACUGUCCCAAAGUGUGGAGAAUCCAGUUUGCAGUGUCUAGGGAGGCUAACUCACUCUCUGUGUUCAGACAUCACAUCGGCUCUGUAACCAUGAGACUGCAUAGCCCAGUUGCCCACCAUCACAGGAAGGUCUGAGAUCCAAAAGAAGGUUCAGCUGGAGGGUACAGUGAGGCCAGAGAACUUUGUCUCCUAGACCUUUAAAUGGAAAUAUGAGUGACAGGUGCUUUCGAGGACGUGGUAUCUGGCCAGUGUGGUCCAAGCCUCAAUAGUUAACAUCAAUUUCUCC